CGCCGACGAGCCAUCCACUGGUGUCCCCCGCCCCACGCACGACCAACCACGACGCGAGCCCCCGUUACCCUGUUCCCCCCUCUGCCGCGGCGGGUCUCGGCGCGCCAAGCUCUCGCCGUACAGCUGCCAGCUACCGCUCGCCGCCUCACAGUCCGUCAUCGUCGCUCGUCGCGUGAGCACACGCGGACGCUCUCUUGGUAGAGUCGCACACGCGUUGCGUGUGUUUUCAUUCGUUAUCGCUGACACGCAGUGACGAAUCGAGAUCGAUCUCGGCACGCGCACGUACUCAGAGAGUUCGGCCAACAAUUUUUGGCCACUGACGUGCAGCUUCGCGACUCGCGGGCUCCACACAGUUCGAUGUAUUCGGAGAUAUCGAGAGAAGAUUUCUCCCCGGAAGAGGACCGUGUUGUCUCAUCAUCGUCCCCGUAGUCUCGGUCUAGGCCGAGUUCCAGGGGUGCGAAAACGCGUGCGCGCUGAAUAUUGUCAGUGACAGCUGGACGUUACCUGUCAUCCGCGCGAGUACUCGCGAAUGAGUGCAGUUUUGAUUAUCAAUUGACUGUUUGUGUCUGACAAACUUGUCGAGCCAACGGAGUAUUCGCACAGCCGUAAGGACGCGCAAGGGUGCUCGGGGGGGGAGCGCGAGCCGUUCCGCCCCGCGAGUGACAAGUGGUCGGCGACGCGUGGUUAACCACGUGGCGCGGUGUGUGCGCCGGUGUGGCGCGGCUCUAGAGUGGUGUGAACUUUCGCGAGCGGGACUUUCUUCGGCGCGUGUGUACAGCCGAUUCUCCUCUGUGCGUACAGACCAGGUGAUUGCCGUCGAGUGAAUGUAAAUAAAACGACAAGGCGCAGACAGAAAGAGAGAGUGAGAGAGACACAUUCGCGUCAAUCUCCCUUCUUAAGAGAGAAAAAGAAAGAGAGGACACGUGCCUCCGCGUUUAUCAUACGACCAGACGACACUCGUCGCGGUCGAACAUUCCGAGACUUUCGACCGAUCUCGUAAUCGAUCUCUCGAGAUACUCGGGGGUAUGGUGCAACAGUGAUCAGUCCGCCGUAUCGUUCGUCAGUGUCAGUAGCAGUUGUAAGGAAUCCGCGAGGUGGUCCGGUGGUGGUAGUCUGGUCUUGCCGCCGCAGGUCGCUGCGAGAUGCUGACAGCCUCAGCUGUGUCCAGUCAAUCACGUAGGGUGUCGCGAUCUGAGCCGAGGGCCGUCGCGGCCUGCUAAGAUGACCGCGCGUCUACACUCGCUGAGGCACCAGGAGAAGAAAUCAGCCGGCAGCAGCCACAGACAGCACCAUCAGCACUCUCAGCAUCAGCAGAACGUGCAUCAGGGUCCGAGCCCGGCACCCAGCCCCAGCCCGAGCCUUAGCCCGAGCCCGAAACACUCGGACGGACGAAGAGCUAACAAACCACUAAUGGAAAAACGGCGGCGAGCGAGGAUCAACCAGUCCCUGGCGGCGCUGAAAGCGCUUAUUCUCGACAGCGCCCGCCUGGAGAACACCAAGCACAGCAAGCUCGAGAAAGCUGAUAUCUUGGAGCUCACGGUCAGGCACCUCCAGCGGCAAAGGUCGCUCGCUCAACCCGGCCUGUCUAGGUACAAAGCCGGAUAUCAGGAUUGCUCGAGGGAGGUGAGCCGUUACCUCGAUGCGCCGGACAUCAUCACGGGCAACACCACGCCGAUGGACCCGGCGGUGAAGCAGAGGCUGCUGCGCCACCUGGACAGCUGCGUAUCGGAGUUGGACCUGGAUCUGGGUUCGCGGCCCGACAGCGGCCUGGGCAGUAGCCCAGGUAGCGUGACGGAUCGUGUGGCGGGCGCGACGAGCCCUGGUCCGCUGGACCACCACGUCGGUGGCUCAGUGGGCCCGCACUGCAGCACCGCGACGGCUCUCACGCCCGCCGGCUUGAUUAAGUCCGAGAUCCCGGAGAUGGAGGCUGCGCGACCAGACAGCAGCACCACUGCCGGCGACGAGAACAACAACAGCAGUCGACCGACCUCGGCCUUCAGUCAGGUGAACCCAGCGGCGUUGGACCCGCACCACCCGCACCAUCCGGCGGGCUUGCCGGUCGACCAUCAGGCCUCCACGUCGCAGCAGAAUCCCAAUAUGCUGUCGGUGGUGCAAGUGAUACCAUCCCGACUGCCGGACGGUCAGGUGGUGUUCUUGUUACCGAGCCACUACGUGCAACUGGCGGCCGCGGCCGCGGCGAACGGCAUCAGCAUCGGGCCGAAUCCACCCACGGCUAUUUGGGCCGCGACCAACAUGUCGCUACUCAAGGCCACCGACAAGUUGGCGAAACGACCGCACGAGGACCUCGCGCAGGAGUGGGGUCAAGAUCCAACCGGUCUGAAGCCGAGCAAGAGCCCGAGGAUGGAGCAGCCGGAGCAACCGUUGGACUUCACCACCACCUCGAAGAAGAUGAAGACCGCCUCGAGAAGCACGACGCAUCCAGCCGUCGCCGACCAGCAACAACAGCAGCAACAUCACCAUCAUCUUCGGCAGCAACAGCAGCAGCAACAAACGUCGGCUCGUCUGCCGACCGAGGGCGGCGGAGCCAUCGUGCAUGAAGACCGGCCGUCUAGUCACGCAGACAGCGAGGUCGCCGUCGACAUGCCAUCUCCGUCACCUGUUGGCCAGCAGCCCGUCAAGGACGAGGAGGGCAUGUGGAGGCCGUGGUAAACGGGUAACGAGAGGAGUCUUGCACCCGAGGGGGCAGACAAGAGGCCCUUCUUGCGUCUUUGUAAAUAGGAUUUUUCGUGGGGCGCGCGCGAAAUCGGAAGUCGAAGCGCGCGGCUGCGAUCGUCGUCUACCGAGCGAGCGAGAUAGAGAAAGGGAAGCAGAGGGAGGAAAGCCAGUCUUCGAGCUCCGCUGAGAGCGAGGUCACACUUGUCGCAUAGCCGAGGAAAACGCGGGAAACCUUCAGUCCCAGUCGGUGAGCUUGACGUGACUUGGCAUUAUUCCGAGAAAUCAUUUUACGCGUGCACAAGAUUCUCCUUUGUCGUAGAAAAACGGUAGAUGCGAUAACAGUACCGUCUAAUUCCUGGUAAUGUAUACAUGGGUGACCUUAGGUCAUCUUGGAAAAUGAAGUACCGCCGAACUUGGACCGCUAUUCUGUACAUACUUUCUGAUAACUAUUGGUAUGCUAACGAUAUCUGAAUUACUUUUAUUCAAUUUUUCAUAAAAAUUGCUAUUUUCAUAUCUUUUUUUGUUAUCUGAAUUUGCUUGCUAUCUAAAUUUGUUAUCUAAAUUUGUUAUCUAAAUUUGUUAUCUAAAAUUAUUCAUAAUUAUGACAGACGCUAACGACAGAUAUCGUCAGUGUGUCGUACCAAUACACUGAGAAAAAAAUUGUUGGUCUAACGAUAGUUAUUUUUGUUUCCAACCAUAUUUUUUUAUUGUUCCAACACGAGAAAAUGAUGGUAGUAGCAUGCGUAUAAUGUCACUAACAAAGUAGAAUGAUCUCCUUGACUGUAAUUUAUAGUAAUUAUUUUUCUGUCUUUCUAGUUAUAAAAUACCAGAUGUUUUUUUAUCAGUUUACGGUUAUCAUGUACAGAGAGUGGCGGCCCUGGAAUUUUUUUAGCGCGGAGUGCGCGAUAUUAUUUUUUGUAUUUUGGAAUAAUUGGAGCAGUACGCUCCAUCGCGCAGAGGUAAGAGGAGACGAUUACACUUGUUUGUGUUACGCGACGUGAACGUGCACGCAAUUCACCAUUCACCAACGCGCCGUUCGUCGCGGACACUUUCAUGGCAAUUCGAGAACGCAUCGGCAUAUCGGAUGCGCACGGCCGAACAGUUCUUUAAUCAGCUCAAUAAAAUUCCGAAUAGGGAACACAGACAAAGUAAUUGCGUAUCGCGAUAUUCGUGCGUUAUUUACGGGAAUCGGCGAUGAUUCACGGGAUCCGCGCGAUAACACAAUCGCCGAAACGAAAUUGCACAAUCGGCGAAUUUUCAUAAGCACAGGAAAUUAACACGGUCGCGGUAAUACCGAGAGGAAUGCUAAUUGGCGGGAACUGAAAUUAUCCUUUCACGUAGCUGCAAGGUCGACGAAUUUUAUGGACAUCGGCCGUACACGUAUCUCUCGUUAUUACCCGACCGAUUCUGAAUUUUAAGCUCGAUUCGCUCUCUCGAGUCUCGCUCGCGCGAGAAACCGGGGAAAACCGCGGCGAGUGACUCUUACCCUCUUUUUUUUUCUUCUUCUUCCUCGCUCGAUGUUUUUACUCGCGCGGAAACGAGAACACGGAAAAGGCGUAUGCGCAUUCUCGCCUAAUAACGCCGGCGAGCGCGCGCCGUUUCUUGCGACGGCACCGCUAAUGAAGCCUUUAAUUUGCAUCAGCGCCCAAAAGCGCCAGACGCAAAUUCCCCGCCCAGCGGCCGCGCGCCAUUCUCGCGAAAGCGCCGCGCAAAUAAUUCAGCGCGUUCGUUUUGCUCCGCCGCGGGACUUUUGCGUCGGCGACGUCACCGCAGCGGCAAUUCGGCGAUCGCGAGUGCAAUAACGAUGGAAAAAAAUGCAACGUAUAUAGCAGCGCGGAAUAUUUAAAACCUCUCCUUGUGGCGUCUAAUUCUCAAAUACGAUGCACCCUACAUUUCUCCUCUCGCCCUUCAUUCCGAAAGUUGCGUAGACCUCGGUCUAUUUUCGAAAGCGAAAUAAAGUGAACUGUCACGGUUACACGUUAAGCUGUCACGGUUACACGUUAGCAUUAGCGCGCUUUGUUAAGAAGGACUAAUUCUCUCGUUUUUUUCUUUUCGUAAGAAUCAAUUUCGUAUCCGUAGGUUGUUGGUAGAGAAGCAGUGAGUCGAUCCGAUGUUGCAGAGUAUAUUUCACUGUUUAGACUGUUCAACUUGCAACUGUGUCCGAGUUAGUUUUUUCCUACUCUAGAGAAAAAGAAAGAAAGAGAGAGAACGUGAAAAAAUCAUGAACAGAGACUGGACGACGCGUAGCCCGCGUUUCGCGCGGGCCCGAAUGCCAAAGUAGAGAACGAGUGCGAGAAAAAUUGUAAAAAAAAAAGGAUUAUGCGCCUAAUCAAUUUUCGAUUUUCCCCGAAGAGACGAGGAAGAGGAGGAGGAGUAGGAGUAGGAGAAGGACGAGAGGGAUGGUUGCCGCCUCUUCGCGACUGAAGUCGUUCGCGCGACUUUUUCGCAAUCGUGCGAGCGGUGGAGGUCAGUCUGAUGUAGUCGCGCGUAAAAAUGCGCCACAAGAUAACUGUAUGUAUGUAAAUGAUGGAGUAAUUAGUUUACGAUUAUCGAGCAAAAAGAGAGAGUGUAUGUAUGUGUGUUGUUUGUGAAAGAGAGAGAGAAAGAGCGAGUGCGUGUGCGCGUCUUAGUCCGCCAUUCGUGUACAUAGUUCCCACCAACCCUGAUCGAAACUAUUGCUAUUUGCGAGAUAUAGAUUUAUUUUGAUGUUAUCUAGGUGUAUACGGCGAAAGAGAGAGAACACGAGUGUGUGAAAGAGAGCAACGAGUGUGAACGUAGCGAGCGUGUUGUGCGCGCGAUUAUUAAUAUAAUCGCGCCUCAGUGUAGCGAGGAGUCACCAUCUCACCACCUAAUUUACGUCUGUAAUUGCUAAAUAUCCUGGAAUUCGAAUUCCUUAUUCAAUGUACUUAGACGCGCAGUCAAUAUAGUCAUAUAUAUUGAACUGUA